GACACCGGAACCGACUUCCCCUCUCCUCCUGUCACGAUUAGGGCAGUCAGCUGUCUGUCGGUCACCAGAGUUUAAAUUUCUUCAUUUGAAUUUAUUACAGGAGGACAUUUGACCUUAUUAUGUCUUCCAACAAUAUGGCAGACCCGAGGAGGCAAAAUAAGAUUUUGAGGUACAAGCCCCCCAGUACAGAGACCAACCCAACACUGGAGGACCCCACUCCUGACUACAUGAACCUGCUCGGCAUGAUCUUCAGCAUGUGUGGACUGAUGCUCAAGCUGAAGUGGUGUGCCUGGAUCGCGGUCUACUGCUCUUUCAUCAGCUUUGCAAACUCCAGAAGCUCAGAGGACACCAAACAGAUGAUGAGCAGCUUCAUGUUGUCCAUCUCAGCAGUUGUGAUGUCCUACCUCCAGAACCCACAGCCGAUGUCACCACCAUGGUAACCAAGGGUCAGUCUCAGAGAAGGACAGAAGUAAAUUGCAGAUGCUGGGGUGGAUGACAAGACAACUGACUGAUCCCCCUGGCUAUCUAUGAGGAAAAACAGAGACGAAGAGGGAGCUAAUGUGAUAUAAAGAGUAGAAGGGAGAAAAAACAGAUGACCAGGCAAGGUGGACAGUAAGGAGGACACAAUGUCAAGAUGGAAAGAUCAGACGUCUUUGACUUUGUUCUCAGAUUUUUUGUUUUUUUACCUUUUCUAAGUCUUUUGUUUGUUGAUGAAAACUUUAAAAUUUGACUACUGGACUGAACUGUUGCCUCAUGUCUUAAAUAAAGUUAUACGGUUUUAAAAUGA